AUGCUUUUCUCCAAACUAUCAGUCAUAUAUUUUAUCCGAAAUGUGACGCCGCCAUUCAAUCCUGAUCGACUUAUCACUGCUGGCCUGGAGGUCUUGACUAUCCUAUGGGCUGGUAUUGGUAUUCUCACUGCUGCAUUCCAAUGUAAAUUGCCUCGGACAUGGGACUAUCUCCACGGUGAAUGCAUCCAGCGUGGAAACUGGUGGAAUUAUAUGGGUGUAAUGAAUAUUGUGACCGACGCCGGGAUAAUGGCUCAUGGGAUCUUCAUCAUCGUGCGGCUUCAGAUGCGCUUGAAGAGGAAGCUCGCACUGGCGAUGAUUUUUGGAUUACGCACCUGCGUUAUUGCUGCCGGCGCUUGUCAGGCCUUUUACGCCAACCAAGCGGUUGAGUCCCCCGAUCCGACGGCUGAUACCUCGCCGUUUACCAUCUCUACCCAAGUGACCCAGUGUUUGGGCCUUAUCACUUGCUGUUCGCCUGAAUUGAAGCCAUUCAUAGAGAACCUUCGCUCGUUGGGCUUCUACGUUGAUGGAAUAUCGCGUCACAGUGCUUCUGGCGCGAGAUGUGAUGCAGCGACGACGCGACCUUGUAAGCAGGAGGACCUUUUCUGCCAGCAGCAUGAACUUCAGACCAUUUCUCCCUUGAAGAGCUCUUAUCAAGCAGCAGUUACUGCGUCAUCAUCAAAACGAGACUGGGAUGAGGGAAGCCAGUCUAGCCAGGCUCACAUUAUCCACGAAGUCCGCACAUGGACUGUUACCGAGUCGAUGUCUACGCACGAAUUGAAGCAAAUGGCGCCUCCGGUGCUGAGCGAGAUGGAGGGACAACCGAUCUACCGAGACAAGGACGAUGUGUAUUUGACUCGCAUGGGGAAGCGCCCUGUUUUGAAGAGAAACUUUGGGUUGAUGUCAAUGCUAGGAUUUAGCUGCACCCUGUUGGUCACAUGGGAGGGAUAUAUCAUGCAAGUUGUCCUUGACCCUGCGCGCGGUGGCCCGGCUGGCUCUGUCUAUGGCUUUCUUUUCGUCUGGGCUGGUAUUGCCGCCACAUUUGUCGUAAUAUCUGAGCUUGUGUCGAUGGCUCCUACGUCCGGAGGACAGUACCAUUGGUGCUCGAUGUUGGCCCCUCCAUCGGCAAUGAAGUUGGCCAGUUAUAUGACAGGUUGGCUUACCGUGAUCGGAUGGCAAGCCACUUUCGCAUCCGCCAUGUACUUGAACGGGAACAUGAUCCAAGCCCUUAUUAUCCUUACCAGGUCAGAGUAUGUCCCACACCCAUGGCGGAAAGCUCUAUAUGCAUGGGGACUCUCUGCCCUCUCUGCCCUCAUCAAUAUCGUUGGCGGCAAGUUUCUUCCCCGAUUUGAGGGCACCAUUCUAAUCUUCCAUGUCCUGGGGUUUUUCGCGAUCCUGGUUCCCUUGACCUAUAUGGCAGACCACAAGUCGUCGGCCGAAGAAGUAUUUACCUACUUCAUCAACAAAGGCAAUUGGCCUUCAGAUGCGCUGUCAGUCUUUGUCGGACUGACUGGUCCUGUUUUCGCUUUCGCUGGCGGUGAUGCUGCAGUCCAUAUGGUUGAAGAGAUGACCAAUGCAACCACCGCUGUUCCCCUCUCGCUCAUGCUAACAGUACUAAUUAAUGGGUCCAUGGGCUUUGGAAUGAUGCUCGCCUUAUAUUUCUGUCUUGGUGAUAUCCAAGCUGCGCUUCAAUCCCCGACAGGUGUACCUUUCUUUGCCAUCUUUCUGCAGGCAACAGGCUCUGUAUCCGGCACGGCGAUAGCAGGUGCUUUGGUAACGUCCCUGGGCUGUUGUAACACAAUUGGCACCUUAACAGCAGCAUCGCGCCAAUUUUGGUCCUUCUCUCGUGACCGAGGUAUCCCUGCCUGGCGAAUGUGGAGCAAGGUGACUGAACGUACAUCCAUCCCAACAUAUGCAGUCCUUCUUACGGCAGUUGUCGGGUGCCUCCUGAAUCUCAUUACCAUCGGAUCAGACGUGGCAUUCAACAGCUUGGUGUCCAUGUCUAUUUCGGGUCUUUACCUAUCAUACAUGGCUGCUGGAGGAAUGUUGCUCUACCGCCGCUGUACCGGCGGAAUUGGGGGCGCGACCGAGGGCGAGCACACUAUGAUCAACACGGCAGGGGCUAGGCUAGUCUGGGGACCAUUUCGAGUUCCUGGCAUCUUGGGUAUAACCAUUAAUACCUUCUCCUUGGCCUACAUGACAAUCGCUACGUUCUUUGGCUUCUGGCCUACGACUAACGAUGUUAAUACAAAGACGAUGAACUAUAGCAUUGUUGGAACGAUAGGCGUUAUUAUACUUAGCCUUAUGUACUACUUUAUCCGAGCGAGGAAGGUGUACAGUGGCCCUCAGAUAGAGAUAUCCUGA